AGUUAAAUGUCGAGACGAUUAAAUUUGGGCCGGAGAACGUGAAAUGCGUCACAAGUUGUGGCUUCGAUGAGCCAUGAAAGUAACCAAGACAUUACACAUCGCAAUGAAAAUAAUCGUCUACGCAAAGCAGGGUCCCGUUCAAAUCAACGGAACAAUGAUGCAACAACAACUGCAAAUGAACGUCUUGAUAUACAAAAUCUACAAGGUGUUGCGUUCACGUACAAUAGUGUCACCGAUUACGCUUCUCAUAGGCAAAUUAUAAUUGGUUCAAUGAGCGACCGUUUUCGCCAUUGUCAGGCAUUAAAAUUUAAAGGUGAAGCAGAUGGGAUGUGCUGUGCGAGUGGUAAAGUGAAAUUGCCUGAAUUAGGCAGCCCAACACAACCAUUGAGCACAUUACUUAAUGGAUUGACACCUGAGUCUAAUCAUUUUUUGAACAAUAUACGAAAGUAUAAUUCGAGUUUUCAAAUGACAUCUUUUGGCGCCACAAAUAUUAUAAGAGACAACUUCAUGCAAACAUUCAAGAUUCAAGGUCAAAUAUACCAUCGAGCUGGCUCUUUGUUACCUUUCGACAACGCAGACCACCAAUUUUUGCAAUUAUAUUAUAUCGGGAACGCGGAAGAUGAAACUGAUCGUCGGUGUGCCAACACGCGGAGACAAAUUAUUUUCGAUUUGCAAAAUUUGUUCCAUGAGCACAACGAAUUGGUUCAGUUAUUCAAAACGUUGCUUGAUCGAAUGCCAUCUGACGAUCAUAAAAUUUUUAUUCAAGCUGAUAAAACUCUGGUUGGCGAACAUGCAAAGCGUUUCAAUGCAAAAACAGUUGACGAAGUGGCAAUAGUCAUAGUUGGUGAGCAAUUUAAUAGUCGUGAUAUUGUGCUUCAUCGUAGAAAUGAACAACUUGAACGUGUAUCCGAGACUCAUCGCUGUUAUGAUGCACUACAAUAUCCCAUAUUGUUUUGGAGCGGCAAAGAUAGCUAUAAUUUCAACAUUAAAAUGAUAAAUCCAGUAAACGGUCGAGAUUUCAAACGACUACAAUUUUCGCUUCGUCUUGCUUUUGCUAUGACUACACUGCUCGACAAAAUCCAACUUUUUUUCUUCAAUGAUCCAAACCGACUUUUUCUGAUAGAUAUGGGACUUUAAAUUUUUUA